CCAAAAAAAUACUGAUUUAAACUAAAGAAAGUGACCGCGUGCUUUGCCACAGCACCCCUGGCUGCUCGGGUAGCCCCCAGGAACUGGUGCAAAGUUCAAGGAUUUGGCACAGGAGCAGCGAUGUUUUCCAAGCGGUGGAGUUGGUCCUCAUCCCAGAGCGGAGGAGAAUUGGCUCUGCCUUUUCCAAAACAAGGGCUUGUCCCUGGGGGCUGCUUGGAACUUUGACAUCUUGUCUCCGUGCAGUGGUCAGCUGGCAAGGCUGAUAAAAGAGGCCCUGUUGAUGGACUUGGCGAUCCCUGCCAGCGCGGUUGUGCCGGGCGCCGUGGCAGGCGGAGCAGCAGCUGCAGCAGCGAAGAGGCAAAAUGGCUCUUGCUUUCCUCUUGGCAGCAAUCCUGGGACUUUUGAUUGUCAAGGCUUUUGUUUUGUUUCAGUGGAGAAACUGCAGCUCCCCUCCCUGCAUCAGAAGCUGGAUCCCUUGGUUCGGAGCCGCCUUUCAGUUUGGGAAAGCUCCUCUGGAGUUUAUAGAGCAAGCUAGGAGCAAGCAUGGGCCUGUGUUCACAAUAUUCGCUCUGGGGAAACGAUUUACUUUUGUGACAGAAGAAGAAGGAGCUGAAGCAUUUUUUAAAUCUAAAGACUUAAAUUUUGAACAGGCAGUACAACAAGCUGUGGAGAAAGCAGUUUCUGUGCCUGCAGAAGCAUUUUAUCAGAACCAUGGUAACCUCUACAGCAUGAUGAAGGCAAAAAUGGGUCCUUCUAAUCUGCACGUGUUCACGGGCACUUUGUGUAAGGAACUGCAUGAGCACAUGGCACAGCUGGGCACGGAGGGCACAGGCGACCUCAGUGACCUGGUAAGGCAUGUGAUGUAUCCAGCGGUGGUGAGCACUUUGUUUGGGAAAGGCACCUGCCUGACCACUCAGAGCAAACUCAAGGAGUUUGAAGAACAUUUUCAGAAGUACGAUGAGGACUUUGAAUACGCUUCUCAGAUGCCUGAGUGCUUCCUGAGGAACUGGUCUAAAUCCAAAAAAUGGCUUCUAAAAUUAUUUGAGAAAGUAGUGUCAGAGGCUGAAAGGACCAACCCUUUAGAGACCACGUCCAAGACUCUACUGCAACAUCUCCUGGACAACUUGCAAGGAAAACAUCUAGGUCCGAAUUACAGUCUCCUAAUGCUCUGGGCUUCCCAAGCAAAUGCUGUCCCUAUUGCGUUCUGGACCCUUGUUUUCAUACUCUCUUAUCCCUCCAUUUACAAGAAGAUCGUGGAAGACCUGGCUUCUGUUUUUGGCAAAGCAGGUAAAGAUAAAAUAGAAGUCUCUGAAGAGGAGCUUAAGAAGCUCCCUUUUAUUAAAUGGUGCGCUUUGGAAGCCAUACGGCUGAGGUCUCCAGGUGCAAUCACCAAGAAAGUAGUAAAUCCAAUAAAAAUUCAUAACUUCACUGUCCCUGCAGGUGACAUGCUGAUGUUGUCCCCAUACUGGUUACACAGGAAUCCAAAGUAUUUUCCUGACCCAGAAGUGUUCAAACCUGAUCGUUGGAAAGAGGCAAAUUUAGAGAAGAAUGCUUUCUUGGACAGCUUUGUGGCAUUCGGAGGAGGAAAGCAUCAGUGUCCAGGAAGGUGGUUUGCUAUCAUGGAAAUCCAGUUGCUUGUUGUGCUGUUCCUAUACAAAUACGAAUUUGUGCUUUUGGAUGCAGUUCCAAAGGAGAGCCCUUUACACCUGGUGGGGACACAACAACCCAUGGCACCGUGCCGGGUCCAGUAUAAAUGCCGGGAAUGAAAGGUGCCCAGCACUAAACAACCUUCCUUUGCCGGCCACCUCUGGAUGGAUGGACCACUGAGCUGCUUCCCUGCUGUACACAUUCAGAUGUGUUCUCUGCCUUAACAGUUUCAACUUUAAAUGCUGUCCAUACUCUGCCUUGUGGUAUGCCAUCCCAGCAUAGUCGUAUCUAUGCUCCUCACCGGAUUGCCUACCUCUUGGUAUUUAAAAAUCAAGCUCUCCUGCUGCAUUCAUAGUUUGUUGGCCAAUUGCUGAUGGACUUUGCAAAUCUAAACUAAAGACACUAAACUCAACAGACAUUCAGGACAAAAUGCUGCAAGGUUUGGAAACCUUGCAUGGAAGUUGUGCUCCAAGCAGCAGGAGAGCAGGUCCAUCAGGCCAGGUCACUGCUUCCUGAUGGUCUCUUUGAACUAAACCAAAGUUGUGCCUUGUGGUAACUCCAUACAGCUCCCGGGUACUGAUGUACAUGAAAUGCAGGACAGCGCUGAGUGGAGACGUCCAGGUCAGAUCUGCAGCCACAAUGAAAUAGCAUCACUUAUGAAUCACUGCCUGUGUAGGUAGGUGAGGAUCUGCCCUGCUCUGUCUACAGUUAGUGCCAAUGUUUUCCACAUAGAAUGCAUUUGCAGUGGAAAAAUUGCAAACAUGGGAAACACUGAGGUCUUGUUUGACUGAAGCACCUAAAAUUUCUCCUGAGCUUUAUUUGCUCCAAAGGAUUCAGAAUUUGGCCUUGUGUGAAUAUGCAAUGAAAGGAGUCCGGUUCUGGAAUCUCCAACAUGAGAAGGAUAUGGAACUGUUGGAACAGGUCCAGAGGAGGCGAUGAAGAUGAUGUGAGGGCUGGAGCAUCUCUGCUCUGAGGACAGGCUGAGAGAGUUGGGAUUGUUCAGCCUGGAGAGAACUUAGAGCAGCUUCCUGUACCUGAAGGGGCUCCAGGAAAGCUGGGGAAGGACUGUUUACAAGGGCCUGAAGUGAUGGGACCACAGGGAAUGGCUUGAAAUUGGAAGGGGAAAGAUUUAGAUGAGGGAUUAGGAAGAAAUUCAUCACACUGAGGGUGGGGAGGCCCUGGCCCAGGUUACCCAGGGAAGCUGUGGCUGCUCCAUCCCUGGAGGGGUUCCAGGCCAGGUUGGAGCCUGGGCCAGUGGGAAUGUCCCUGCCCGUGCAAGGGGGUGGUACUGGAUGGGCCUUGAGGUCCCUUCCAACCCAACCCGUUCUAUGAUUCUAUGAUAUGAUUUUUCCUCAUAUCUCAUGCUCACAGACUUUCCCCCCGAUCUGUUAGAGAAGGGAUCAGAGCAAAGCCGCGAGGCUGCUCGUGUCUCUGCCUGCGCUGCCCAGCGGGGCCGUCAGUGCACACGUUGUACGUGUGUGUUUGUGCACGACCCUGCCGGGAAUCCGUGUUCAGCCUCGCUGCAAGCUGGAGCCAGGGGCGUGCAGCUGCGGCAGCCUCACCUCCGUCAGCCUACGGAUUUAGCAACUCCCUAGCGGGCUGGAACCACUCAUGAAAACAUUUGUCCUGAAAGGCAGGAUGUAUUAUUAUUAAAGUGUAGACUUCUGGCAGGAAAGAAGUACCUGUUCUUGACAGCCAGGGAGAUGCCAAACAAGCAGGUGAAGAAAAGUGGGAUUGGCUCUGGAAUGCCCUGCAGAGGAUGACAGCUCCGUGCACUUGCUUACUUUGCUAAGUAGAAAAAAAAAGGAGGGAGGUGGAUUAGUAAAGUAAUGUGGUGGUCAAGUGACAGAGCUAAAUGGGGCCUUCUACCUGGAUAUAACUCAAAAGCUUCUGGGGGAGGGAAAGACUGCACGUUCCCACUGGGACAGGGUGAAAUGGGCAUUAAAAGUCAUCAUGGUGCCCUACUCAUGACUGGAUUAACAGGAUCUAAAUUACUGUUCCUCAAAUCUUCGUCCAGUCUGCUUUUAAAUACAGCAAUGCUGAAUUUCCAUGACGGAUUUCUCCUCUUGCCUGAAUCUCCCUGCUGUUAGAAAGCUUUUUUACGUCGGAGGAGUCAGAGAGAGGAUUUUAUUCAUACUCCACCACAAGGGCAGUUUCUCCUCUCCACAGACAGCAGAUUUUUAAUGCAAAAGUAAAGGAAAAAAUGGUAUUUUGACCUCUCUUUGUGUUUCUACCUUCUGGAUGAGUAAUGAAUGUUAAAGGGAAUGCAGGGGGGCAUUUAAGAAGGACACUACGGGGAUGGAGUGUGUCCAGAGAAGGGCAGCGGAGCUGGUGAAGGGCAGGAGCAUGAGUCUUAGGAGGAGGAGCUGAGGGAUGGAGGGUUGUUUAUUCUGGAGAAAAGGAGGCUCAGGGGAGACCUCAUCCCCCUCUGCAACUGCCUGAAAGGAGGUUGUAGCGAGGUGGGAGUUGGUCUCUUCCUCCAAGUGACACAUGAUAGGAUGAGAGGACAUGGCCUCUAGUUGUUCCAGGGCAGGUUCAGGUUGGACAUCAGGAAAAAUGUCUUCUCCAAAAGGGUUCUCAGGCCCUGUCAGAGGCUGCCCAGGGAGGUGGUGGAGUCCCCAUCCCUGGAGGAGUUUGAAAGCUGGGUAGAUGAGGUGCUCAGGGAUCUGGUUUAGUAGUGGGCAGGUAUGGUUGGUCUUGAUGAUCUCAAAGGUCUUUUCCAACCAAGUGAUUCUAUGAUCCCUCAAAAGCCAUCUUAGAAAAUACAAUCACUCCUCCUCCAGACAUUGCAUAGGACAGAUCUGUCUGAGCAAAACCCAUGGUCUGGCCUGGCCAGGACUAUGUAUUUGUGUUUGUUUAUACUGGGAUAAGAAACUCCCGUGCCUAAGCCAGUGAACCAAAUGGUAGGAGUCUUCUUAAAGAGAGAGAGGAAAUCUAAAGUUAUGAGAAAUGAAUGAUAAAACUCUUUCAAAUCAAAUUUCUAUAAUAAAUCUUGGACUCUGAUGUACACUGAAGAAGUGUUUCAGGACAAAACAACACAGAACCUAUCACACUGCAGCCAAUCCUUUUGUGACGCUUUUGAGGAAAGUAAACAUUUUCCCUGAAAUCAUAAAUUUCCCAUGGAAUUAUAAUAUUUUCAGAAAGCUUGUCAAAAUAUUUUGAGUUCAAAUUGUGAACCCACUGCCAGUGAAUCUUUUCCAGUCAGUGCGGUGAAAAGAUAACCCAUGGUGUCAGAGCCACCUCCCAGAAUAAUCACAGCUUCUUUUAUGUCUUCCCUCUCAUGAGCGUCACUGAAGGCAAAUCUCGAUUGUACUCAGCAGUCAAGUGUUUCAAGUGGCCUCUUUCUCUACGCCAGUAAUGGCAUUCGAUAUCUUUUCCAUGCCACCGAUUGUCACAGAAACCAGAAGUUUAGGCUUAGCACGUAGGCCUCCUGAAAAUAGAUAUCUGGAGACUAAAAGAUAUGGCUGUAGCCAUGGAGAGGUGAGCUAAAAAUAAUGACUUCCUUUCGAAAAGAGAUUAAUUCCAAGGCCCAAGCUCUGUGCUGUGCUUAAGCACCGUGCCAAGCAAAACUCGACUUAAGCAUGUGUUUUGCUUUAAGCAAACACUUUAAGUAGAUUUCGCCUGGUCCAGCGGGAGGUGCCCAUGGCAGGGGUGGAACUGGAUGGGCUUUGAGGUCCCUUCCAACCCAAACCAUUCUGUGAUUCUAUGGUUUGCAGAAUAAGGAUUGAUUUCAAUUUAAGCCCAUGCUUAUGUGCUUUGCUGGACCAGGGUCCAAAUGCCUCAGUUGCUAACCUGUUGUUUGCACUGAGUCUUGGCAUCUCUGUUGUAAUUCUAAAGAGAAACAAAGGCGAGUGGAAACACUGAGGCAGCUUUGUUCAUUUUAGGUGAAGCUGGCGAAUGCUGAGGGCUUCGAGGAAAAACAUUCAUAGAAUCAUAGAACUAUACGAUGGUUCGGGUUGGAAGAGACUUCAAAACCCACCCAGUCCCACCCCCUGCCAUGGGCAGGGACACCUCCCACCGGCCCAGGCUGCUCCAAGCCCCAUCCAACCUGGCCUGGAACCCCUCCAGGGAUGGGGCAGCCACAGCUUCCCUGGGUGACCUGGGCCAGGACCUCCCAGCCCUCAGCGUGAAGAAUUUCUUCCUAAUGUCUAAUCUAAAUCUUCCCCCUUCCAAUUUAGAACCAUUGCCCUUUGUCCCAUCACUCCAGACCCUUUGUAAACAGUCCUUCCCCAGCUUUCCUGUAGUCCCUUUCAGCACUGGAAGCUGCUCUAAGGUCUCCUUGGAGCCUUCUCCAGGCUGAACAACCCCAACUCUCUCAGCCUGUCCUCACAGCAGAGGUGCUCCAGCCCUUGGAUCAUCUUCGUGGUCUCCUCUGGACCCAUUCCAACAGCUCCUUCUCAUGUUGAGGAUUCCAGAACUGGACACAGGACUCCAGGUGGGGUCUCACAAGAGCAGAGCAGAGGGGCAGGAUCCCCUCCCUCUCCCUGCUGGCCACGCUGCUUUGGAUGCAGCCCAGGGCACGGUUGUCCUUCUGAGUUGCCAGCUCAAUUUUACAUGGUCACAUUUAUAGCAUAAAUCAGUGGGCUUUAUAGGCAGAAAGCAUCUUCCCCAAUUACUUGGUACUUUCUAAAUGGGUGGCUCAUCACAUGGCAAAAAAUAUUUCCUCUCCACCGGUAUGUGGUGGAAGGGGAAUUAGACACAAGAAAGGCAUUCAAAAGAUAGCAAUCAUUUAAUUGAAACAACCAAGGAGAAGCUUUCAUCCUGCAGCCUUUCUGAGUGGCCCUGGGCAUGCGAGUGCCAUGCAAGAGUGGCACAGAGUAAGGUAUUUUUUUUUUCACUUUGAUCAUAAAAUUACUAGGAAAGGCUUAAUGGGGUUAUAAAUAUCUUGUUUCCAUGAGAGUCCUGGGAAGAUAAUUAUAGCACCGAAGUCUUUACAAAGAUAGAGCAUUUAUAAAAUGAUAUUAUCUGAGGACUCCAAUGGAUAACGCAGGGAAUUCUGCGCUCUAUUCCCAGCUCUCUAUUGACUCACUGUGCUCUUUGGGCGAAUCACUUCAUCCCCCAAUGAUUCAGUGUCCUCUAUACAUUGGGGUAAUAAUAAUAAUUACUGACUGCUGCAAAGUGUGUAUGGAUUGAAAGCUGUAAGUAUUGCUCAUGCUCAUCAGAGCACUCAAGACUGCUUAUUGCUCAUAAUGGAUGUCUGCAAGACUUUGGAUAAGCUGUGUGCUUUCCUGAGUUGCAAUUGUCAUCUUUGUGCUAUUGGUGAAUUACUUUACUUGUAGAGUUACAGUCAAAAUAUUCAGAAGAAAUGUUUUGAAUCUCUUACUUCACUUCCUUUAUGAUGCUGAUGAAACGGCUCUAUCCCAGACUCCUCAAAAUACUUUGUUUCUAAGGCAAAGCUCGGAAUUUAAAGACUAUGGCCAAGAUUCUUGUUGAGUCAAAAUCAUAGAAUCAUGGAAUGGUUUGAGUUGGAAGAGACAUCAAAGCCCAUCCAGUUCCAACCCCCUGCCAUGGGCAGAGACACCUCCCACUGGACCUUCCCAGGGCCUCCUCACCCUCACCAUGAAGAAUUUCUUCCUAAUGUCUAAUCUAAAUGUUCCCCCUUCCAAUUUAAAGCCAUUGUCCUUCAUUCUAUCACUCCAGGCCCUUGGAAAAGUCCCUCCCCAGCUUUCCUGGAGCCCCUUCAGGUACUGGAAGCUGCUGUCAACCAAC